AUGGUUGGUUUCAAUUUACAAAACAAAGAAUCUGUCAAUUCUAUGUAUAUUUGUUCACAUUGUUUAUUGUUACUUCGAGACCCUUUUCAACUGACUGAUUGUGGCCAUCGUUUCUGUCAGUCAUGUAUUAAUGAACAAGAAGGCGAUAUGAUCAUAUGUUCGGAAUGUCGUGAGAAAACAUCUCGAAAGAAAUUAAUAGCUGAUCGAGGUUUUAAAAAUGAUAUGCAGGCUUUGCCAAUUGUAUGUUCACUUUGUAGUUGGACUGAUGUAUUGAAGAAUUAUCAAGAUCAUCUUAAUCAAAUUCACCCAAAUCCAAUAUGUGAUUAUUGUGGAGAAAAAUUUUCUUCAAUCAAUGAUCUCGAUCGACACAAACAAUAUGAUUGUGAAAAAAUCACUGUUUAUUGUUCUUUAAAAAAAUUCGGAUGUGAAGAAAUGAUUCUUCGUAUCAAUCUUCGUCAACAUUAUCUCAGUGAACACCAUCAAAAGACAUUAAUAAAUAUUGUUCGUCAUUUGAUAUCAACAUUACCAAAUAUUACGUAUAAACAAUCCGAAAUCUCGUCACAAAUGAUAAUCGAUCUUCCUCAUACGACAGAAAACAAUACAAUUCAAUUACAAGAAUUCGAUGAGAUGAUUAACCUUCUAUCAGGUGGUAUUGAAACAUUAAGUGAUGAUAUACAACGUCUCUUCACUGAAUCUAUUCGUCAUAAAAAUGUAUUAGAUCCUUUGGCACAAGACAUACCAAUACUGAAAAUCUCUAUUCAAGAACAGAAUGCUUUUCUGGAUGGUAUGAAAAUAAAUCAACAAGUUCUUCAACAAGAUCUUGCAUCAAUGGAACAAAAACUUAAUGCUAUGAAAGCAAGCUCCUAUGAUGGAACAUUUAUAUGGAAAAUAACCAAUGUACAAGAAAAAAUGGUUGAUGCUCAAUCUGAAAGGCAAACAUCGAUUUAUUCUACACCAUUUUAUUCAUCCUCGACGGGUUAUAAAAUGUGUACUCGUCUCUAUUUAUAUGGUGAUGGUAAUGCUCGACGAACACAUAUGUCAUUAUUUUUCGUCCUUCUGCGUGGUGAAUACGAUGCUAUCCUAAAAUUUCCAUUUCAUUAUAAAGUGACAUUUUGUCUUUAUGAUCAAAGUGGUCAACAACGUCAUAUUCUUGAUUCAUUUCGACCAGAUGUCAAAUCAACUAGUUUUCAACGACCACGAUCAGACAUGAAUAUUGCUAGUGGUAUACCAAAAUUUAUUCCUCUAACAAUCAUACAACCUGAUAAUAAUCCAUAUGUUCGUGAUGAUACAAUGUUCAUCAAAGUGAUAAUUGAUUUUGAUGAUAUGCCAAAGACACUUUUGCCUUAUGUAUUAAAUCUUAAUCCAGGUAUACCCACUGAAAUUCAACAAAAAAUGAUUCAACAAGAAUCUGCGAGACGACAGCAACAGCAAACGUCUACGUCUCCAAUAGCAAACGCUGAGACAGAUCAAUCUGUGAAAGUGAAUUUACAGCAGGCCAAUGCGCUCUUGAAUAUACCUGCCAACAUGGAUAAUAAACUAAGUGAUCCAACGAACAAUACUAUAAAUCGCAUCGCAGACUGA